CAUUUUCCUACCUGAAUCCUGAGCUUGAAAAGUUCUCUUCAGGUCCAAGGGCUUUGGUUUUACUUCUCUGCUCUACGCUCUGCUACUGCAGGAUGGAAGAUCCUGCUCCUUUUCCUGAGCAGAAAGCAGAGGCACUGGCACCGUGUGCAUCAGCCUGGCUCUGCUCGCCCUUCCCCCUUGCCAACCUGCUAUUUCUGUACUUGAUUGGAAGAAGCUAAAACUGCUGGAUUUUUGCCGGCAGUCAAGGCAUUCCUCAAGUUCCUAAUCCAGGCUCCAGAUGGUUAAGUUGCCCAUCCUGACAUAUAGGAACAAAUAAUUAUGGUAAAAGCUGUGAAACCCCACACCAGCCUCUCACGGUGAGACAGAGAAUCCUCCUGCAGGGAGCCCCGAAGAGCCGGCACGUCUGGUCACCUGUCCGCGGGCAGCAGGGCAGGGCUGGAGCCGGCCGGGCCCAGCCGCAGGGGCUGCCCGGUGCCGGCCGCGGCCGAGCCUCCGCGGGUCGCCCGCGGACAGGGGCCACCGGUGCUGCUCCCCCCGCCGCCGCAUCCUCGGACGUGCCGCAGCUCCGGGCUCUGCCUGCGAGAGCCCCCGGGACUCCCCCCGCGCCGGGAAGGGCGGACCCCCGUCCCCGGGCGAUGGCUCGGGGGAGGCGCCGGUGGUGCCCGGGCCGGGGGCACCGCCCGGCCGGAGGGGCGGGAGGCGGGGAGGGGUCAGUGCCCCGGCCGGAGCCCGGCCGCCGGGAUGCCGCCCGCCGGCGCUGCCCGCGCUAAUUGGGUGUUCCGUGGAUGGAGGAUUUCCUCCCCUCCCGGCUGCGGGAGUCAUGAAGGCAUGCUCGGCUGCGCUUGAAAGUUUGCCAACCAGCAGCUAGGUUUAAUUUCUUUAAGGAUCUGGGGAGAAGGGGGGCGGGGGCUGGAGGGGGACCGUUUCCAAGCAUGGGAGACAGGCUGCCGGAGCCUCACGCCAGCUCUUCCCCUGCUGUGGCUGCCAGCUCGGAGGCGGAAGAAAUCGAGGUGCUGGACUCCGAAGAUGUCCUACCUAUGGCCGCAGAGGAUCACUGGAAAGUCCUAUUUGAUCAGAAAGGUAGCUGUUGUGGCAGGCAGGCACUAAAGCAAGAGGAAAGCAGCUGGGACGGAGCAGAAGUCAGGAAGCAGGCUGAAAUGUUUGAUCCUGACAACACUGGCUACAUCAGCACUGAGAAGUUCCGCUCCCUUCUGCAGAGGCACGGCUCGGAGCUGGACCCCCACAAGCUGGAGGUCCUGCUAGCCCUGGCAGACAGCAACUCUGAGGGGAGGAUCUGCUACCAGGACUUCGUCAACCUGAUGAGCAACAAAAGGUCCAACAGUUUCCGCCAGGCCAUCCUGCAGGGGAACAGGCGGCUGUGCAGCAAGGCCCUGCUGGAGGAGACGGGGCUGAGCCUGUCGCAGAGGCUGAUCCGGCACGUGGCGUACGAGACGCUCCCGCGGGAGAUCGACCGCAAGUGGUACUACGACAGCUACACCUGCUGCCCCCCGCCCUGGUUCAUGAUCACCAUCACUAUCGUGGAGGUUGCCUUUUUUCUUUAUAAUGGAGUGGUCUUAGACAGAUUUGUGCUGCAAGUCAGCCACCCCUUGUACCUGAAGAAUGCAUUACUGUACCACCCCCAGCUUCGGGCCCAGGCGUGGAGGUACCUGACCUACAUAUUCAUGCAUGCAGGGAUAGAACACCUUGGGCUCAAUGUUGUCCUGCAGCUCUUGGUUGGGGUUCCUCUGGAAAUGGUGCACGGAGCUGCGAGGAUCAGUUUUGUGUACGUUGCAGGAGUUGUGGCAGGGUCCCUGGCAGUGUCAGUGGCUGACAUGAGGGCGCCGGUGGUGGGCUCCUCUGGAGGUGUGUAUGCUCUUGUCUCUGCUCACCUGGCCAAUAUUGUGAUGAACUGGUCAGGAAUGAAGUGCCAAUUCAAACUGCUGCGCAUGGCUGUUGCCUUGAUCUGUAUGAGCUUUGAAUUUGGAAGAGCCGUGUGGCUGCGAUUCCACCCCUCCGCUUACCCCCCAUGCCCCCACCCCAGCUUCAUGGCUCACCUGGGAGGGGUGAUGGUUGGAAUCACCCUUGGUGUUAUCAUCCUGAGGAACUAUGAGCAGAGACUCCAAGAUCAGACUUUAUGGUGGAUCUUCCUUUCUAUUUACGUCAUUUUUGUCUUGUUUGCCAUCUUCUGGAAUAUUUUUGCCUACAGUCUGUUGGAUCUAAAGCUACCUCCCCCUCCUUGAAAACAUGGGACAGCAAACUGGAGAGCAGAAGUCAUCUGUCAGCUGUGUUAAAUGAAUGAAGAUGGAGGAUCUAUUUUUGUAUUUAACUUGGGAGGAUGAUUCUUCUGAACACACAAGUGUGCUGGAGGAGGUGCUUAAAGAUCUCAUGAAAGAAUGGGCUGAUCAGUUUGUUCACAAAUCCAGCAGUUUCUGUAACUCUGGCUGGCCGUGCCCUGCAGUUUCUGCCCUGCACCUGGGCACUGACUGCUUGGGUUGUUACCACACAUCAAUAUUUUCUAUGAAAUAUUUGUAUUUUCCAGGUCAGUGCUGGAAUUAUGGCCAAUUGUUCAGUGAAUUUCCUCUGUGUUACUGAACACUAAAAGGGAAAAAGAGCAGACAUUUACUAAUUAGAGAUUCAAAUGGUACUCCAAGGCAGCUUGAGUCUGGUUUCUUUGGACACGUCUGACUGUUCAGCCAUACCAGUGCCACUGUCUAAUUACUUGAAUGGUUCCUAAGGUAUUUUAGCCUCUGCUGAAACUUGUCUUGCACAACUUUCAAAAGAAUCGGCAGAACUUGAUCACACAAAGUGAUGGAGACUGGUCUUCAACCACAGGUCAAAUGAAAUUGCACUAUAAACAUUGUGAAUCUUAGAGUGUUGUGGAUACCCAGCCAGAAGUGACUUUUCCUGAGCAUGUUCCACUUGAUUUUAAUUAAUUAUUCCCCCUUCCCCAGCCUGCUGUGGCUAGAGGGUGUGGCUGGAUUGUUGUGGGUUUUUUUUGUUUUGGGUUUUUUUUGUUUGUUUGUUUGUUUGUUUUUUGAGGUUUUUUUUGAGGGAUGAAGAAAAGGAGGGCAAAUGUUCAUUUGCGGUUUUAUCAGAUGACAAUCAGGUGCUGUUUUCUUCUCAUUUUUUUUUUUCUGACCACACUGACCUAACACCUGGCCUGCAGUGAGCUCCUAGCAAGGAUCUCAACUCUUCCAGCAGGUUCUUACUAGGAAAAUGAGACCAUGAUCACCUCCAGCAGCCCAGGGUGGGAACUAUCCAGUCUUUACAGCCAUACAAUCCAUUUGGGGCCAAGUCCACUGAAGGCAGUGGAGUUAAAUAAGUUUGUAUGUAGCACUGGUUUCCCACUGAAGUGGAGAGGGUGUUAUUUGCUACAGUGAUCAUUGUGAAAUGAAUAAAACUGGUUUUAAUAUGAAUUCUAGAAUUUUGAGGAUGCCUCUUCCUGAGGCUGUGGAUGUUCAGGAGCCCCAGACAACAGUUAGUUGCAGUGAUGCCUUUUUCUUUAAUGUUGGUCAAGCCCAGUUGAGGCAAUCUGUAAGUGGGCUGUGACACAGUUCACACAUUGCCUGCACAGACCUAGGGACCACAUGGGGACAUCUGUAGCACAAGCAGAGCUUAUAGGUACUCUUUACUGUAAGGUGCUUAUUUUACUUGUCAUUUUAGAGAGCUGCCAAAUUACAGUCCAGGAGUGUGGGUGCCCUCCUUUUCUCUAUCCUUUACCCACCUAUUCAAUGGUCUGGACAAAGUAGCCAUAAUAGUCUCUCCAGACAAGCUCCCCUCUUCCUUUUUUCUGUUUCCUGCUGGUGCCCAGGCACAGCCACCAGAGUGUUUCACAGCACAUCCCACGGGCACCGUAGCAGUUGUGUUUGCUCUGUAGAAAAAUGUCUCAGUGUUGUGGGCUUUAUUCCCUCAGCUGUGCUAUCCAUGCUGCCAGAUGAUACCACAAGCUAGUAGGAGCCUGUCCUUCUAGAGGGGACAUCCACAAGUGCUUAUCAGCAGCCCCCUUCUUUGCCUCUUAUUGAAAAAUAACUCUGGGUUGAGGGGUGAAGUCUUCUCCUACCAGAUGCACGCAUAAAACUUCUGUUGCCUCAGAAGGAGGGGUGAGAAAAUAAGUGUUUCUGCAGAUUGGAAUAAGCCUUACCUGCAAAAGAAACAAUUUUGGCACCUUUGUGCACAGAAAUGGGAUUUCUGAGGGCAAUUGCACUUUUGCUGUUCUGCAUGGCCAGCACAUUGCUCAUGGGCCCUCAUUGAGGACCAAGAGGAAGGGAUAAGGGCCAGAGCUCUGAUCAUUUUGGAGAAGGGUUUGGUUCCCUGAGCCAUUUUACCUCUGCAGUUUGGGUCCAGAUCCCAGCAGUCACCAGAGUUCCCAUGGAUUGUUGCAGGUGAUUGUUGCCCAGUGAGUGUCGUAGCUGUGGAUCCCCUGGGAGCAGGCAGGAAGGAGAGUGGGAGCUGGGAGAGCUCUGACAUGGUUAUCAAGUAAGGAGGACAUUCCUUCCCUCACCUAUUGCUGAGCCUUUCUCAUUACAGAUGCCUUGAAAAUACAGGUGACCAGGAAUGGGCAUUCUCCUGAAAUCCUAGGAAAGCUUUUAAAAUUUUGGUAGAAAAUUUCAAUUGCAAAAAACCCCAGAUUAUUUUGCCUAUAAUUUACCAGAGUGCAAUGUGCACCAACUGACUUCUAGUUUUGGUUUCUCAGCUGAGAGCUACUUACUGCCCAUGAGUUUGUUACCAGUAAAGGAUUUGAUGCCUUUCCUGGUGCCUGUGUGUGCUCGAGGUGAAGCAGCAAGAUAAAAGUUCAAGAGCCACCAGUUUCUUGAUCAGCUUGAUCGUGGCCAAAAUGUCUUUACUCAGCUCAGGAGUGGAGGGAGCUGAACAGAGUAAUGCAGACAGCCUUCCUUGAUCCUUUUUCCAUAGAUGAGUGUAGUUUAGUGAACUGGUUGAAAACAGCUCUGAAUUUGAUCUUAUGACUUGUUCUUUUAAACUGUUGUUCAUCUUUCUGACUUCAUUCUGUGUCCCCAUACCCUGCCUGAGCAAGUCUACAAACAACCCUGGGGAUCAGAAAGGCCAGAUUUAAGGCAGUGUUAGAUUUAUGGUAGGUGAAGGAAUGAAACCCUUUCACAUUCCUGUUCAUCAGAGCUGAAAUCUCCUUCCAUACAUGGAGCAGUUUGUGCACAGAGCCUGUUGUCUGCUAAGAAUCAAUCAGCCCACGGAGCCAGAAACAGCACAAGGUGCUUAAACUUUUUAAUUAUUUUUUUAAUAAUUAAAAUUACAGUGUGAAAACUUGCUAUGUUUUUACAGAGUAUCAUAAAUUCCAGUUGUGUUAUUUUCUAACACACUCUGGAGUGCCACAGUGCUGCAGCACCACAGAGCUAACAGCAACCAGGCUUUUCUGUUACCUCCAGAUGUCCUUGAAGCUGCUGCCUCAUGUUGGAGAUGCAGUAUUCUCCAUCCUGCUCAUUUGUGGUUCCAACCUGUCACAGUCAGCAUGUUCCUGAAGGAGCAUCCACUGAGGGACUGGUUUCAGUGAUGUGUUGUAAUUUUAUUUCAGCUACUGCCGGGAUUUUCAGUCAGAUAAAACAUGAAUCUAUUGAAACUUACAACUGUGCAGUGCUGGAGCAGAAGGCAAGGACUGUCCCCAAUGUACAAGUUAGAACAGAGCACCUCGGAGCAAGUUAUUUUAUGCUGUGUCCUUGAGCGAGGACACAGCACCUGGGGAGAAAAGCAGAAGAGCAGCCCUUGGCGUGGUGGAUUUCCCGGGGUGAGUGCAUUGCAGCGGCCCGUGAGGGUGAGGACAGCCGGGGACACCUGCCGGCCGCGGGCAGCAGGGACAGGGCUGCCACAGCCGGGACAGGGACAGGGCUGCCACAGCCGGGACAGGGACAGGGCUGCCACAGCCGGGACAGGGACAGGGCUGCCACAGCAGGGACAGGGACAGGGGAUCCCACAGCCGGGACAGGGGCUGCCACAGCCGGGACAGGGCUGCCAGAGCCGGGACAGGGACAGGGCUGCCAGAGCAGGGACAGGGACUGCCACAGCCGGGACAGGGACAGGGCUGCCAGAGCAGGGACAGGGACAGGGCUGCCACAGCCGGGACAGGGACAGGGCUGCCACAGCAGGGACAGGGACAGGGGCUGCCACAGCCGGGACAAGGGCAAGGGGCUGCCAGAGCCGGGACAGGGGCUCCCACACCGCGGGGAGGAGGAGGAGGAGAGGAGGAGCAGGCAGAUCGAAGUCCACGCAGACUGCAAAUGGCACCUUUUAUUCCUAGACAGGUAAAGAUCAGUGUUACACCCAGCAGUAAUAACACAGACAUGAGGAGGGAGAGAGUUGUCAUGCAGUGAUGGGAGAGGAGGUUUCCAAAAAGGAGGUGUAGCAGUCAUAAAAAUGCUGAUGAAUUUACUUUUGCUGAGUUUUUAAGACAACAUCUUGUGUCACUGUUUUCCUUUCAGUUGAUGAGGAAUCCUAGCACUUACGUGGCAUAUUGUGCUUUUUCACUACUUGCUCCUUUGGCAGUGGGAAGUAUGUUACCAACAGGGAAGGGGAAGCUAGUGAAAUUGUUACUAGAAAUAAAGCUCAGGGAUUCUGCGUCCCAAUACCUUGCUGCUUCUGAUGGAUUUUACUGCCCAUGUGGUUUGGACCAGAUUGGGCCCUUUCAGUUUGAACUUGCUAUGAGGAUGGAAUCUGACAUGUUGAGAGCUGGUACUGACACGACAGCUGACCUCACAAGGCAGCUGCUGUUCUCUGCCAAUAUUUAGUCUCUCAAGAUGGUGGGUAGGACUUUCACACAUCCUUCAGUGAGCAAAGAGCUCAAAGUCUGUUCGCAAAGAUUCAAGCUCAGUGCAAUUGCUUUGGAACACCCAUCCACUGGCGUUGCCCAAAGUGGAACUGGAGAAUGGGGACAUGGCAGUUCAGCACCAGCCCCCUCUGAGGGCAAGCUGGGACUGGAGAGACCAGCCCAACACCUCUGAACAUUGCUGCUCCUCUUACAUGGUGGCUGCUCUGCAGGGCUUUGUGUGGUAGAACUCAAGAUUCCUUCUCUAAUUGUAUAACCAAGAGUUGGUUAUAAAGGAGUGCAGUGUGUUUUGCAGUUCCAUAUAAAAGAAUCACACCUAAGACAGAAACCAAGCUUAUUUAAAGGCAAAUGUAUUUAAUGUCACCACUAAUCAUUGGCUUUUAAUUGGAAAAAGCUUUCUAAUAUGCCAGUAGGAGUACAGAAAAUUUACAUUUCAGGGUACUUUACAGCACAAAGCACAAAAUAUUCCCUAUGAUUUAAGCAGCUAAAGUACCUUAUUUUCAGCAAGCUUGAUAGACACGUUGUCACUGACUCUCUCCUGACUCCCACAGUGUCUGUUCAGUUUGCAAAUAAAGCCAGAUUUAUGCAGCUUUUCUUUUGCUUACACUACUAAUGCUAACAACACAUCCAAGUGUUAAACACAAAGCACUAAACUACAUAAUUUUCUGCCUUAAAAUACUGAACAAAUGGUACUUUCCCUGUGAAGGGCUAGUAAAACAAAAUGAUAUUUGCAAGGUAAGAUGCUAUUGUAUGUUUCCAAAUAUUUUUGUAUUGUGUACAUUCUGUAUAUUUUUGUUGUGACAAUAUUAUUUGAGCGCAGAAUCCAUUAAAUUUUUUUGUGGAUUUGUUUUCUGUUUCUUUUUUUUUUUU